AUGGCGAGCGUAGCCGGGCUCGGGUUGAUCAUGCUAGGAGAAGUGAAAUUGGAAACAGAAGAUAUACUUUGUACAUUGUCUAGACUAAUUGAAAGAGAGCCUCCUGAAUCAAUACUUAUACCUACUUACAAACAAUGUACUUUUCUAUAUGAUUUUAUCAUCAAAAAUAAUUUGGUGUCAGCUGUUUUUGCAUUGCAAAGAAUGGAACCAGGAGACCCUAGAUAUGCUGAUCAAGCUAUAAGUGAUGCAGUUGAUAAGUUUAAUACAUGUGAAAAUGGGCUCAAAGGAAAACCACCAUCUCCUAUAGGUGCUAAAGAUAAAUAUGCUCGUGAACUUACUGUUAUUGCUCUAUCAAUUAUUAAGGUCUUGGAGGGAAGUUAG